CAGUUGUGCGCUCUCGCCGGAGAGGCUUUCUGUUGGGAAGUUUCUGUAAGUGAGUCAACACGGCACAGGGAGGACGCCACCCAGCCCUGCCGCUGGAUCCAAUGCUGGGCUUCUUUCUUGUCCUCCGAGGGCGCAGGACACAAAGACAACUUCACUUCCACUUCUUCGCAACAACUGGGGAUUUAGUUUUGAACGUUCGCACGCCUGGGAUGGUUAUUGCCGUUUUGACGCGGCUUUUUCCUCGUUGGAAUUAACGCGGCAGAGGAGAAAUGAAAGUGACGGUGUGUUUCGGGAGGACCCGGGUGGUCGUUCCGUGUGGAGAUGGGAGUAUAGAAGUCCACAACCUUAUCGAACAAGCGGCCAUGAGAUAUAAGAAGGCGAUUGCAAAGGACCCCAGCUACUGGGUUCAGGUCCACAGGUUGGAACAUGCAGAUGGAGGCAUUUUGGACCUGGAUGACAUGUUAUGUGAUGUGGUGGAUGACAAAGAUAGGCUGGUAGCAGUAUAUGAAGAGCAAGAUCCUCACAAUGGAGGCGACGGUACCAGUGCCAGCUCCACAGGUACCCAGAGUCCUGAACCCUUCGCUAGCGAUUUGAGUUCAGCAUCAGCCUUCCAGCCCUACCAGGUCAACAGUGAGAUCGAGGUCACUCCAUCUGCUCUGCGAUCCAACAUGCCUCUCCAUGUCCGUCGCAACAGUGAUCCCUCCCUGGCCGACAUUGCUCCGGGCGAAGUCCCGGUUGGUCCAGAGGAACCGUCCAGAAAGAACCCAACUCGCUGGUCCACAACUGCUGGCUUCCAAAAGUACAACCACAAACCAAACACAAGCACUGAAACUGCCAGCCUGGAACAAAAGGGUAGAGGGGGCCAUGCCUAUCGGAGUCUUCCUCGUGAUGCGAGUGGCUGGACCACUCAGUUCCAGAGAGAGAUGACUCGAUCUUCCCUCAGUGCCAACCAUCCAAUGGUGGACAGAUGGCUUGACCGACAGGAACAGGAAGAGGAGGAAGAUGAGCGAAGGAAACAAGAAAGGAGGAUUGAGCGGAUCGAGCCAGUAGGGAGGGCCGAUUCGUCACUGGAACAUUCACCUGUGUUAAGCCUAGAAGGCAUGCUCAAGCCGGUCGAGGUGUCCAAUGAAGGAGGGCCCUUGGGGAUCCACGUAGUGCCUUUCAGUUCGCUGGAUGUCAGGACUCAGGGCUUGCUAGUGAAGCGUCUGGAACCUGGUGGCAAAGCUGAACAGGAGCAUCUCUUCCAGGAGAACGACUGCAUUGUCAAAAUUAACCAGGGAGAGAUUCGCAACCUGCGGUUCGAACAAGCCCAGAACAUUUUCAAGCAGGCGAUGCGUUGUCCGGUGAUCGUCUUUCACAUAGUCCCCGCAGCCAUGAAGAGGCAGUAUGAGCUGCUUUUGGCCCAGACCGAACUCAGCCCGCCCCAGUCCACCAGAGUCCGCUUUAGCCAAGACUCUCAGCAGCCGGGGGACAGGUCCAGCCUGGUGGGCGGGCUGAUGUCCAGAUCUGCACCACAACCAGGCCUCAAUCACAACCACCAGGGACCAUUGGGAGGAAGCACCCCAGAGCCAAACCCACGGUACACCACAUUACCCCAAACCUUGGUCUCCAGAACCUCACCAACGCCCUCCCCCUCCCUGCAGCGCAGAGUUAGCACAAACCCAUCCACCAGCACCUACCUAAAGACCAAAGGCCGCAGAUUCAACAUCCAGCUGAAGAAAGGUCCUGAGGGUCUUGGGUUCAGCAUCACAUCCAGAGAUGUCCCUAUUGGUGGCAGUGCUCCCAUUUAUGUCAAAAACAUCCUUCCUCGAGGGGCCGCCAUCCAAGAUGGACGAUUAAAAGCUGGAGACCGGCUGCUGGAGGUUAGUGGAGUGGACCUGAAUGGUAAGAGCCAGGAAGAGGUGGUGGCUGUGCUCCGAGCCACGCCCAUGGGUGGGACUGUAAACCUGUUGGUGAUUCGCCAAGAGGACUCCCUGCUGCCCCGAGAAGUGCAGCCAGAGGAAGAUGACAUGGUGUUAACCCCUGAUGGUACACAAGAGUUCAUGACCUUUGAGAUCCCUCUGAGUGACUCAGGCUCAGCAGGCCUUGGGGUCAGCGUCAAGGGUAACCGGUCCAAGGAGAACCAUGCCGACUUGGGGAUCUUUGUGAAAUCUAUUAUUAAUGGAGGUGCUGCUAGCAAGGAUGGGCGUCUACGAGUCAAUGACCAACUCAUUGCAGUCAACGGGGAGUCGUUGCAUGGGAUGACCAACCAGGACGCAAUGGAAACGCUGCGCAAAUCCAUGUCUGUAGAGGGCAACAAGCGAGGGAUGAUCCAGCUCAUCGUGGCCCGACGUGUGUCCAAAAACAAUGAGGAAGCCCCUGGCAGCCCUCCGAUUUUAGAGCUUCCCGUGAACUCUCUACUGGACAACCAUGAGCGCCGGAUUUCCCACUCCCUCUAUGAAACCAUCGAAGGCCUGGACAACAUCUCCACACCGUUGACUAAUAUGAUUGGACGCAUUGGUAACUACCAGCUCUCUCCGACUGUGAACAUGCCUCAGGACGACAUAGUGAUGAUCGAAGAUGAUAGGCCGCCCCUGCUUCCUGCCCACCUUUCCGACCAAUCAUCCUCCAGUUCCCACGAUGACAUUGGCUUUGUGGGAGAGAACCCGGUGCCCUGGAUCCACGAGCUGCCCGAUCAGAAUGAAUGUUCGCUCAGUCCAGAUGCAGACCCUGAUGGUUCGUUUCAGAGGGAAGGUUUUGGCCGCCAGAGUAUGUCAGAAAAACGUACCAAACAGUAUGAAAAUGCUUCUGAGCUGGAGAUCAUCAGGAAUCGCAAGUCCAAAAGCAUGGAUCUAGGUUCUGCAGAACAAGAGGUAGGACCCUCACUGGGCCUGAAAAAGUCCAGCUCCCUUGAAAGCCUCCAGACAGCUGUUGCCGAGGCAACCCUGAAUGGUGAACUCAACGUCCGCAGGCCACGCUCACGGAUCGUCAGGGGCCGUGGCUGCAAUGAGAGUUUCCGAGCUGCAAUUGACAAAUCAUACGAGAAGGCUGGUGUCACAGCGGCAGAAGAGGAGAACAGCAUGGAGAUAUUGGACGAGGACACAGAGGGAAGUUCCAGAUCAGGUCGUGAGUCGAUGUCCACCAGCGGCGACCUCAAUGUGGGCCCUGGGCUGAACGGCAACCUCUCCAAAGAUGACAGACAGAAAGAUCAGGACAGGGCUGGGGGGAAGGAGAAGAAGAAACCUGAAAGGGAAAAAGAGAGGGAGAAAGACAAGGACAAGAACAAAGCCAAGAAAGGCGUGCUGAAGGGCCUGGGUGAGAUGUUCAGGUUUGGAAAGCACCGGAGGGAUGAGCGGCCAGGAGACAGGAUGGAGAGGAAGGGCUCCAGUAAAUCUAAAGUCGAGGACAUGCAGGCGUCAGAAGAGGAGACCCUGCGGAUGAGGCUGGAACAAGAGAGAAUACAGGCCAAGACAAGGGAGAUUCGGGAGAGGCAGGCAAAGGAGAGGGACUAUGCCGAAAUCCAAGACGUUGUCAGUCGCACCUUCAGCUCAGAUGAGGAGCAUACGUACGCUGGCAUCGGAUCAUUAGACUCGUCGGUGGAUAGCAGCAGCAUGGAGCCUUACAACCACCACUACCAUCUCCCUCAGAGUCCCCAGAGCCCUCACCUUCCCUUGAGCCUUCAGGACAAUGGUCCACCCCUCGAGGCUCUGUAUGCCCAGGUCAACAAGCCACGCAAUGGACGCCCUGCAGCUCCAGACAGCAGCCAGGUGGCUCCCAGUAACCAUGACCGGAUACAAAGGCUGAGGAACGAGUUCCAGCAGGCCAAGCACGAGGAGGACAUUGAGGACCGUCGGCACACCUACAGUUUCAACCAGUCUCGGGUGAGCAAUGGGACGGAGACACAGAGCGGACGCCAUUCAGUAACAGUAGUUGAGACUCAGGUCCAGAAACAAGAGGACAGGGAUGGUUUCCAGCAAGCACACAGGCAGUACAGCUCCCUUCCACGGCAACCUCGUAAGAACCCUGGCAUAGUGUCCCAGGACUCAUGGGGCAAGAUGUACAUGCCAGCAGUCGGAUUCCAGACAUCCAAGGAGAACCCUCGCUACUCCAGCAGCCAGGGAUCACAUAACGGCUAUCUGGGAACAUCCAGCUUCAACGCCCGUGUUCUCUUAGAGACUCAGGAGCUGCUGAGGCAGGAGCAGAGACGCCGAGAGCAGGAGGCCAACAAGGCGAGGCCACCUCCCGCACAGGAAACCCCCAGCGGCAGCACCUAUGACCACAAGAGAGACCCCACUCAGGCCCCCGGCUCUGCCCCGAUGCAGGCCCCACCUCAAUCCAAGGGCCCCUACAGACAAGAUGUACCCCCUUCACCUUCUCAGCUCGCCAAACUCACCAGGCUUCAUGGUUCAGAGAAAGGGAGGCUGUUUUACUCCUGAGAAAGUGACAAGGAACUGGAAAAUAGAACUUUUGGGAGAUUAACAACAAUACAUAGAGGGCAAUGAGUCUAUUUCUGUUUUGUUUUUUAAAAUGCUGAGAUACAAAGAUUUUUAUGGGACUGUUAUGGGACUGUUGAUAGACAAUGUUAAUAUUUAAGAAAAUAUUUUUUACGAUAUGAACCAUUAUAAUUUGUAAUUGUAUAAAAAGAAAUGAUUUGAGAUGUUUUACUGUCCAGCGAUGUGAUCAUCUAAUACGUGAAUAAGUGCCUAUUAGUCCAUCGAUUGUUCACCUUUUGUAAGCAUCAGGUCCAUUUUUUUUGCUUGUGACACUUUCUAUCUUAUAAAUUUAGGAGAGCAGACUGCACAGAGCAGACUGCAUCAGAAGCCCCAAGCACAUGGCAUGGCCCAGGCAUGUUUUUGUACUACUCUGGUGCUGGCGGGGAUCUCAGUCGAUUCCACACUGGUGUAAAUGAGGCUUAUUUUUCCUGUUCAUAAGGACUUUGAUGAGCACUACGUGUUUAUGUGAGCAUGUACAGUGUGCUUGUGUGCACAUGUGUGUGAGUGCUGGCAGGAGUUGGCAUGUAGUGACAGUGUCACAGAGUGUUGAGGUUAAGCAGCUUGUGUGAACUAUGAUGUCAGAGCUUUGGGCCCGACCGCUCAUUCCUCACCCUGUCCCCCAGUUCUGGGAAUUGUCCCUUUUGGUUUCAGAAACAACAUUUACACAGAGUGUGUAUCCUCUUUCUAGCACUCUCAUGUAUUUUCCAAUAUAAUAAUCCUGAAUUCUCUUUUCCUCUGCUGGCUGCUUUAUCUCUGUUUUUUUCUCUUCACAUUGUCACCCUCACCAUCCGGCACUCUCAGUGGAGGAAAACAGAUUUAGAUCUCCUUUAUUCCUACCCUGUCCCACCCACCCAGGGAAUCCAGCAGUAUAAAUGGGGUCAGGUCUGGGCUAUUAAUUAAUGUACCCCAUUAAAAAUGAAUGGGCCCCUUUCUGUGUGCGUAUGUAUGUUGUCAUACGUAUGGCGAGAAGGAAGAAAUAGCAACCUUGUCGGCGUGGCUCUGGCCCCGGUCUCAUCUAGAAUGAUUUGGCUGUAACAGAAGCCCGUUGGCCCCUAGGUAUCUGAGUUGUUCCUCGCUGAAUAUUUCAUCAGGGUGGUUACAUGGGAAACCACAUUGGCCCUGCAAUGGGUGGCCUCAGUGUGGGACUGCCUAUCCUUUGAUGCAAUACAAUGGAGCUGAUUUUGUUUUCCUUUCAUGAUUAUGUCCAUUGGUAGAAAAACAGUCGGGAGCUUUUCCUUUGUUCAAUCAAUAAUUAAUGGUGCAUUUUUCAAAGUGUGUGUCAGAGUGAAAUUGUGCGUGUGUGUGCGUGUGUUAUAGUAUUCCCAUCCCUGUAAGUUUUUCUUGGAGGGCAAAUGUGAAGGUAAUUUUGGGUUGCAGUUAAAUUUAGGUUUAUAUUUAGUUUAGGUAAAGUAUUAAGGUUAAAUGUGUUUAUAUAUAGGAGGAGGUUUGGAAAUUCUCCUCUUGUUUAUUUAAUCAGAUUUUGGGGCCCUUCAGUACAUUUACAAGCACUCAAGAAACCAGGUUACUCAGACAAACUAGGUUACGUAGCUAAGCAGAGAAAGUGUUUACUGUAGUAACCUGGUUUGUGUAAAUCUGCAUAUACAUGCAACAGUUCAUUAAUCGAAUAUCUCCUCUACCUCCGGCUAUAGUUUCAAAGAGUUUCUGUAAUACCAUACCCUGAUUACGGAAAGCAGGUUUCUUACUUGAUGUUUAUGAAAUCAUUCAAAAGCCAAGUGUUAACUGGUUACUUACAGUAAGUGCAUGUAAAUAUGCUGAUGUCUGAAAAUAGUGUAGGAAGUUAAAAACUAUGCAGUGCCAUAUUUGCAAGAUGCAUUUUUUUACCACUCAAUAAACCUUUAUAUCAUCUACCUAUUGUCCACUGUUGUAAACAAGCAGUUGUUCAUAUGGAAAGAAUGGCUGUCUACUGUAUGUCCCAUUAAAAAACAUUAAUAUGAAUGUGUGCGUUUAAACAUGACUCCUGAGUUUAGGAUAAAGACUAGAAAUAGGAUUAAUAUUGAAGUCGUGCUUUAUAUCAGACAUGCAAUGGUUACAGUGGGUUAGAAGUAGGAUCUGUCUUAUUGCAGUCGAGGUUCCUCACAAGUACAUAUAAAAAUUUGUGCUAAUUAUUAGUUACAUACAAGGGAAUGUUAAAUACAGUACUAGUAUGUUUGUUCAUCUGACAAUGUUCCAGUGUGCUUGUGUGUGUUUGUGUGUGUGUGUGUGUGUGUAGGUGGACAUGUGUUUAAGUGUCUGUGAAUGCUGCCAGUAACUGGAUGCUCCAAUAUGUCUAUGAAUAUGUCUUGGCAGCCAUAUGAACUACUUGGCUGCUGAGUGGGAGAAGACCAGAGGAGUAGGAGGGAGAGAAUAUGGGAGGCCUGACCUUGCAGAUGAUUCAGUCAAUGUAGUAAUCACUGCUUUUCCUCUGAGUCUGCAGUACAAACAGGAGGUUACAAAGAAGGCUGCGCUCACUUUUGCAGUCUCUUCUUCUACUUCUUCUCUUCAUUUAUCUCCUUCAUCUAUCUGCCAGUUUCACAUGUUUGUUUGUUUUUAGUUUUUUUUCUGGGGCAGAAUUAGACUGGGUCUAUGAAUGUGUGUGUGCAAAGGGGGAUUCAACUCUGACACAGCAGCUGUUUUAACUGAUGUUUUCAUGCUUUAUGUGUCCCAUCAUGAACUGGGGACGUUCAAGUGCCUGCAAUAUCUACAUCUUUUCUCCUCAUAUGCAAAUUUGAUAAUAUCUCAUAAUGUACAUAUUAUUUGUGUUGUGUAAUUAAUGUUUGUGCACCGCCUCUGUGACACAUGGAUUCUUCCCAUAAAGCUAUUGUUUCAGGGGAUUUCUUUUUUUUGUAUCCUGGGAGAAAUGAGAAAUAUAUUGUUAUUGUUUCAUUGUGUUUUUAUGACCAUCCCUCAUUGUGUUUUAUUAUCCACAAUAUGGUACUGUGGUGGUAAAAAAUGACAAAUAUGUAAGCACAGUGCAAUUUUCCCUUUUACAACAGUGUAUUAUUAAGAACUGUUUUUGUUUCAUUCUCUGUACAUACAAUAUAAACUUUUUUUCAGUGAAUAAAUUAAGGGUACAUUCAUAUUCUUGUAACAAUAAUUUCCCUUGAUUGUACUGCUUUCACAAAUUGUUUCUCUACUUGAUAACACACGAGUGAAAUAAGAUGCAUAAUUGACGGCAAGUAAAGAAUAUCUUAUUUCUUGCUGCUAUUUGAGAAUUCACACAGUUUGUGGAACUUAUCUUUUUUCAUUAUAAUUAGAAAUGUGGCUGUUGUACAUGUAUUUAGUUGAACUUAGAAGACAUACUUAAAAAACAUCUUUUAUUCAUCUGGUUGCCAGAUCCUUCCUCAUGCUUUUAAAAAUGAGUACCAAAAUACACUUUCCUCUCAUAACUGGAGGAAUGUUGAAACAAGUUGAACCUCUGCAAUAGCAACAGCUAUACUUUGGCGGCAGUUUAAAAUAUGUGUUUUGUGAUAGUAAAAAGUAAAAAACUAUGAAAAAACAUGUCA